UUUGAUAUAUAUUAGUCUGAAGUAGCCACGCGUCAAGUUGCUUGUAAAGCUUUGAUUCGGUUUGGUUAAUCCUCUGAAGAAAAGUCUGAGCUAAUUUUUUUCGAAUGGUGGCAACAUGAGCUCCUCUGAAUUUAGGGAUGAAAACUUACAAUACACAUACCACACUAAUUCAGAAACUUCAAUACCUAAAGCCUCAGGAGGAAGCAAUACUCGGGAUUCUUCUUUUGAUGCUCCAGGUGUUGCAGAUGUUACGUUGGGCAAAGAGUUAGUUAGAAGACCUAUUCUAUAUAAAAGAUCUGAAACAAAUAUUCCUAACAUAUGUGUUGACUCAUCGUCACAGAAUUUCAAGCAUCAUUUGAAAAAAUUACAUAUUGCUGUUAAUAAGAUUUUGGAAAAUGACCGCCUUACUAAAUAUAGAAACCAGUCGAAAAAGAAUUUCAGAGGAAAUCAGGAAGCUUGUGAGAAAAUGUUGGAUGCCGUUAGAGAGCUUGGGUCCUUUAUUGUUCAGCGUCAAAACACCUCUCCAAUUGGUCAUCACAUUAGACCUACUAAGGAUAUACAGUCCCGCUUUCCUACGAGAGUGCGAUCGAAAAGUACUACCCAUGAUGACUCAAUUAGCCAUAAACGUAAUUUAACAGUGAGGAUGGGGCAUAGUCUCAAAUCAGUCAGACGUCCUACAUCACUGACUAAAAGGUCAAAAUCUCCAAUCAAGCGUUCAGUUUCUCCUUAUCCGGUGAUUGAUACUGAAAACUCUUGCUGUUCUAAGCAUUCGGGACAUUUUAAGGGUGUAAACAUAUCUUCUCAGCGUGAAACAAAAUAUAGAUUUCCAGUCAAAAAUGAUACCUUUAUAGCUUCAAAACAGGAAACUGAAAAUGUCCAGGCUUCAGAAGAUUUUACAAAUCCAGAGAUUGCUUGUUUAGAAGCUGAAUUAUCACAUCGUGAUACAUUGAUCAAAUAUUUAUCAGACCAAUUAUUUAAAUUAUAUCAAGAUAAUGAUAGAAUAUUUGCUGAAUAUGAAUUACAAGAAGCUAAUUUAACUAAAUAUUUACAUUCAUUAAGAUCACGUUUAACUGAAACAAAUACUAAUUUAAAUCAACAACAUACUACUCAUAAUACUACUAAUAAUACUAAUUCUAUUCAUACUGAUUACAUAACACAUAUUACUCAAUCUAUAUCUCAAGAUAUUCAUAUUAAUAUCACAGAUUCUAUUUUACAUCAUUUUGCUAAAGAAAUCAAUGAUAAAAUCAUAAAUCCCGGUAUAAAUAAUAAUAAUAAUAAUAAUAAUGAUAAUGAUGUCAUAGUUACUAUGAAUCCAAUUCAAAGAAUAGAACAAUCAUUCAUAUCUGAAUUAAAAGAUCUUCAUUUAGCUACACAGAAUUUAUUAAAUUAUUGGGAAAUAAAAAAUCAUCAAAUGAAUUAUCCUAUUGUAUGUCAACAAUUUUUUAAUGCAUUACUUAAUUUUUAUAUUAUUUCAAUGAAUUCUUAUCAAUUAAAUAAUCAAUUUAUUGAUCCAAAUAUUAAAGAUUUACAAAUGAAAGCAAAUCAUGCUGAACAACAAAUUAUUGAUUUAUCAAAUGAAAUUAAACAAUAUCAAUAUCAAUUAAAUCAAUUAAAUGAAAAAUUACAAAAAAAUCAAUUAGAAGAAACAAAUCAUCAUUUAUUGAUUAGUGAUUAUUUUUUAUCAUCAACAAAUUCUUCAUCUAAUAAUAAUAAUAAUAAUAUAAUUACUUAUUUAUCUGAUACAGAUCAAACUCAAUGUAUAUUAUCAUCACCAUCAUCAUCAUCAUCAUUAUUAUUAGAUCCAGGAUCAAGUUCCCAAACUUAUGAAUCUAUACCAAAAAUAAAAUCAAUAGACGAUCAAACUAUAUUCCCAUCAAAAUCGAUAAUAAUGCCAAUCGAUAUUUCAACAACCACCACCACCACAACAACAACAACAACAAUACCAGUUUAUAAUUCGAUUAAUAAUUUACUUCAACGUUUAUGGGGAAUGUUAUCGAAAGAAUCAAAGUUAACUAGUACAGAUUUACAUCAAUCUAAAUUAUGGAUUAGUAAUAAAGAGGAUUAUGAUACAUUAUAUGAAGCAUAUAAUAUUAUUGAACAAUUUCAAUGGUAUAUACAAAAUAAUAAACUUUCAUCAUUUAAAUCAUCUAGUUUAGUUGAGUCACAAUCUUCACUGUCAACAACAACAACAACAACAGCAACAUAUUUUGCACCAGAACUAGUUGCUAAUGAAAUCAAUAGAACAACCGCAACUGAUAAGUCUAUACCUGUUGAAGUUUCAUCAAUAACUAGCCUUACAGAUCAGUCGACAAUUACUGCUUUAAAUUCUAAUCAACAUAAAAUAAAAGAUAUUGAAGAGGUAAAUUUGGAAUCAUUCAAAAUGGAAGAGUUAUCUUCUUGUACAAAGUAUGCAACAAAAUCAAUUUACUUAACAGAUAUGUGUACAUCUACAAGUGAUCUGUUAACAUUGUUUAUUAAUCAAGAUCAAAAUCAUCAGUUGAAUAUGCAACAGGUUAAGCAAAUGAAUGAUCAGUUCAGACAUCCAUCUCAACUACAUCAAAGGAGGCACCAAAUACAUAUACUCCACACAAAUCUCAUUUGGUUUGUGCGAGGGCUACAAUGCUGCCCGGGUGUCCAAACUGAAACAGGUGGUUUUCCUAGGGAGGCACACCCGGAGCCUUCGGCCUAAAUGUCUGAUCCACAAGGCAAUAGAACAUCGUAAUGAGAUUCAGUCCUAUGGUAGCCGGUGACCAACAAUUUGUUCAUACUCCAUUUGUUCCCUCAUGAUACUGGAGCCCAUGUACACCACUGGUUUGGAAUCAGGAUUUUCCAACUCCCCUAGGUGCAUCCUCCAUAUCCGUCAACCCGGUUAAAGCUCCGGAUAUUCGCUUUUCGUUUUCUCAAUUUCGUAAACAACACUCCUGCCACAGAAAUUCAGUGAGUAGGACUUCCCUGUCAAUGGUUGUAUGCACGUGUCCAUGUGAGAGUAUUUAGAGAGCGAGAGCUGGCUCUCCCCACUCUCGGCCGUACCAGGGCAUUUGGGGGAAACUACAUCAAAGAAAGUAUAUCAAAUAUGUAACUAUAAAAAUAAUUCAUCAACUUACCCAAUUAUUGAUUGAUUCGAAAUGAUCAUAGUAACUAAAUGUAUGAAAUUGUUCCUUGUUAUAAAAUGAAUGACUUUCUUAAGUAUAUAUACAACUAGUUAUGGAUACUCUUGUCAUAAAUAGUAAUCAUAACAUUGUUUGUUUGUUUUUUCUCCUUCACUUUUAUCAGAUAAUAUCAACAGAUGAUCUUAUUCAAACAUCAUCAUUGGAUAAAGAAGCUUUACGUGAGUUACAAAGGAAGUUUAAUUACUUAAAAGAUUCUUAUAAUCAUUUAGUUAGUCAAUAUCAAACUUUUAAUCAAAUAUUAUGUAAACAAUUAAGAAAUGUUAAUUCCACAUUUGAUGAAUAUAAAUCCAAUAUAUCUGGUUACCUUUCUCAUAAGUUGAAAAAUGUCUGUGAUUCAUCUAUACAAACUGAUUCUUUUAAUCAUUUGCCUAGAUUAUUGACUGAUCCAUCAUAUAGACAAAUAUCAUUAGAUUAUAGAAAUUUAUAUGAAAUUGAAUAUUGUCAUAGUUUAUGGCCAACAAAUGAAGUGAUAUCAAAUGAAACCAUAAUUUCUAAUCAAUCUAUGUUAAAUACUGAAUUAUCAACAGAUAGCUGUUCAUUUGAAUUACUUCAGUUAAAACAAGAUUAUGAAAUGUUACAAUC